CCGAGUCUGGCCGAGAAGAAACGAGUAGGACCGAGGCCCCGGGCUCCGCGGCCCUGAGCAGAAGCGGUAGGGUGCGCCCCACCCGGCGGCCAGGCGGAGCCAAAGAUGCCGGCCUCAGCUGCGCGGCCCCGCCCGGGGCCCGGGCCGCCUCCCGGUUCGCACUUCCCGCUGCUGCUGUUGGUGGUGCUGAGCGGCCCCGUGUCCGGUCGUGUUCCCCGUUCAGUGCCCAGGACCUCGCUUCCCAUCUCCGAGGCUGACUCGUAUCUCACCCGGUUCACCGUCCCUCAGACAUACAAUUACUCUGUUCUCCUUGUGGAUCCUGCUUUCCAUACACUUUAUGUUGGCGCCCGGGACACCAUCUUCGCUUUAUCUCUGCCUUUCUCAGGGGAGAGACCCCGCAGGAUUGACUGGAUGGUGCCUGAGGCCCACAGACAGAACUGUAGGAAGAAAGGCAAGAAGGAGGACGAAUGUCACAAUUUUGUCCAGAUUCUCGCCAUUGCCAAUGCCUCUCACCUCCUCACUUGUGGCACCUUCGCUUUUGAUCCGAAGUGCGGGGUUAUUGCCGUGUCCAGUUUCCAGCAGGUUGAAAGAAUUGAGAGUGGCCGGGGGAAAUGUCCUUUUGAGCCAGCUCAGCGGUCAGCAGCUGUAAUGGCUGGCGGGGUCCUCUAUGCUGCCACUGUGAAAAACUACCUGGGGACAGAGCCGAUUAUCUCCCGGGCGGUGGGUCGUGCUGAGGAUUGGAUCCGAACAGAGACCUUGCCAUCCUGGCUUAAUGCUCCAGCCUUUGUCGCAGCCGUGGCCUUGAGGCCAGCCGAGUGGGGAGAUGAAGACGGAGACGAUGAAAUCUACUUCUUCUUUACGGAGAUGUCCAGAGCAUUUGAUUCAUAUGAGCGCAUUCAGGUUCCUCGGGUGGCCCGUGUGUGUGCGGGGGACCUUGGGGGCCGGAAGACCCUCCAGCAGAGGUGGACGACCUUUCUGAAGGCUGACCUGCUGUGUCCAGGGCCUGAGCAUGGCCGGGCCUCCAGUGUCCUGCAGGACAUGGCCAUUCUUCGACUUGAGACUGGAGUGGGGACCCCCAUCUUUUAUGGCAUCUUUUCCUCCCAGUGGGAGGGUGCUGCCAUCUCUGCUGUCUGUGCCUUCCAACCACAAGACAUUCAGACAGUGCUGAAUGGUCCCUUCAGAGAGCUGAAACAUGACUGCAACAGGGGAUUGCCUGUCCUGGACAAUGACGUACCUCAGCCCAGACCUGGAGAGUGCAUCACCAAUAACAUGAAACUCCAGCAGUUUGGUUCAUCACUCUCCCUGCCUGACCGUGUGCUCACCUUCGUCCGGGACCACCCCCUCAUGGACGGGCCAGUGUUACCAGCUGAUGGCCACCCCCUACUGGUCACUACUGAUACAGUCUAUCUCAGAGUCGUGGCCCACAGGGUGGCCAGCCUCUCAGGGAAAGAGUAUGAUGUGCUCUACCUGGGGACAGAGGAUGGACACCUCCACCGAGCUGUGCGGAUUGGAGCGAAGCUCAGUGUCCUUGAGGAUCUGGCCUUGUUCCCAGGGCCACAGCCAAUUGAGAAUAUGAAAUUAUAUCAACGCUGGCUCCUGGUUGGCUCCCAAACUGAGGUGACGCAAGUGAACACAAUCAACUGUGGGCGUCUCCAGAGCUGCUCAGAGUGCAUCCUGGCCCAAGACCCUGCCUGUGCCUGGAGCUUCCGGCUAGAUGCAUGUGUGGCCCAUGCUGGGGAGCAUGGAGGGCUGGUCCAAGACAUAGAGUCAGCGGAUGUCUCCUCUUUAUGUCCUAAAGAGCCCGGAGAACACCCAGUAGUGUUUGAAGUUCCUGUGGCAACAGCUGCACAUGUGAUCUUGCCAUGUUCCCCAAGCUCAGCCUGGGCUUCCUGUGUGUGGCACCAACCCAGUGGAGUGACUGCUCUUACCUCUCGGCGGGAUGGUCUAGAGGUGGUGGUAACCCCAGGGGCCAUGGGCGCUUAUGCUUGCGAAUGUCAGGAGGGUGGGGCAGCCCGCGUGGUAGCUGCUUACAGUUUGGUAUGGGGCAGCCAGCAGGCCCCCUCAAGCCGGGCCCACACAGUGGGGGCUGGACUGGCUGGCUUCUUCCUGGGGGUUCUUGCAGCAUCCCUAACUCUUCUCCUGAUUGGUCGACGUCAGCAGCGGCGGCGACAGAGGGAACUUCUGGCUAGAGACAAGGUGGGCUUAGACCUGGGGGCACCACCAUCUGGGACCACAAGCUACAGCCAGGACCCUCCCUCUCCUUCUCCUGAAGAUGAGCGGCUGCCCCUGGCUCUCGGCAAGAGGGGCAGUGGCUUUGGUGGCUUCCCUCCACCCUUCCUGCUUGAUCCUUGCCCGAGCCCAGCCCACAUUCGGUUAACUGGGGCCCCUCUGGCCACAUGUGAUGAAACAUCCAUCUAGGGCUAGGCAAAUGACCACUAGAGCAUGAGUGACCUUUGGAAUGGAUCGACCAUUGAGAUGUUGGGGUCACAGGGCCUGGAAGACUGUCAUGGCUUCUGCAUUCUCUUUGGCCUUUGAGUGUCUGCCCUCUCUGGGCUGGAUGGGUUCUGGGCCAGGCCUUUGUCUGAGUCCUUAUUCCUGAUUCCCAUGAGAGAUCAUAACUUGUCUCUGCGGUGAAUCAGGACUUUCUCCACACUUGUUCUCUGAACCCCUGUGACCCCUGCAGUUUGGACCUGCUAUUUGGGCCUGUGAAUUUGGGGGGGGGCAUAGGACAUAACUAUGACUUUGCCUUCUAGUUGGACCCUUGCCAGAAGGAGGAACUGUGGAGAAGGUUGGGGCUAAUGUGCACUGAGUCCUUGGGGUGGUUUUGCUGAUUCUCCCAGUUAGUCUAAUUGUCUGUGGGGAGUGCAUGAACCCCAUGCUACAACAUGGAAACUCUGCCUUGAAAUUUCCCUCCAUCCCAGUUUUCCUUCUCCCAUGAAAGAACAUGUGUAUAUAUGAGUGUUCAUA